UACGUCAUUACGCAUUUCCUGUUCUCUACGGGGUCCUCUCUGCUGCUCACCGUCGUGCAGUGAAGUGGAUGUUUUGGUGAAAAAUACGGUGUCGAAAAGGGACGUAAACGCGUUUAAAACAUGACAUUUCGACCGAGCGGGACUUAAAGCGGCGUAGCUGGGGAGAGUGGGGCGCAUUCGGCGAAGGUUUCGGCUUAAUUUUGCCCAGUAUUCCUCCGCAUGUCUGCUUUCUUCGUAGAUGGUUUCCAGCGAGCGGUGUCUGGCGGAGGACGACGAGUUAUCGACGAAUAACAUGAAGGAGAUGAUCGGCGGUUGCUGCGUGUGUUCAGACGAGCGAGGCUGGGCGGAAAAUCCGCUGGUUUACUGCGACGGACACGGCUGCAACGUUGCUGUGCACCAAGCGUGCUAUGGCAUUGUGCAGGUGCCCACUGGACCCUGGUUCUGUAGAAAGUGUGAGUCUCAGGAGAGAGCAGCUCGUGUUAGAUGUGAGCUGUGUCCGCACAAAGAUGGAGCGCUGAAGAGAACAGACAACGGAGGAUGGGCCCAUGUCGUUUGUGCCCUUUACAUACCUGAGGUGGAGUUUGCUAAUGUCUCCACAAUGGAGCCCAUAGUACUCCAAUCUGUACCUCAUGAUCGCUACAACAAGACGUGCUACAUCUGUGAGGACCAGGGUAGAGAAAGUAAAGCAGCCACUGGAGCCUGUAUGACCUGCAACAAACAUGGCUGCAGGCAGGCCUUUCACGUCACAUGUGCCCAGUUUGCAGGGCUGUUAUGCGAGGAGCAAGGAUCAGAUGCAGACAAUGUCAAGUACUGUGGAUAUUGCAAAUACCACCACAGCAAGUUGCGAAGGAGCAGGGGCCGUGGUAGUAGGUCUCAAAGCUUAAGUGACUCUUCCUCUCAAUGUAUGGAUUUACCCCCAGAGAAGGACAUUAAGAAACACAAGGAGCGAGACAGGCACAAACCAAAACACAAGAAGACCUCAAUGGAUAUGUCUCCAUCCCUUGUCCUUCCAAACAUCAUGGUUCCAGACAAGACCUACAACAGCAGCGGUGGUGGCACAGUGGGUGGUGUCACCUCUCUGCCUGCCUCCUCACAGAAGCGACUUGAUGAUGGCUCUGCCCGUUUCACCACCGCCAACUUCCAGGAAGUGUCUUCUGUUCACCCCGGUGGCAGUUCUAAAGACAGUUUGGCUGCAGACACUGGAAAAGUGGCAUCUGAGGUGAAGAAUAAGAAGAAUAUUGGCGGAAAUCACUCAGUGGGACAGAGGGGUGGCCGCAAGUCUCUCACCUCCUCAGGGAAACCCCUUCCCUCUGCCAUGGUCACCAUGGCAACCUCCUCCACAUCUGCCUCUGCCUCCACCGGGCCUUUCCACCAAGGCCUCCUGUUGACCAGUGCCAGCAAGAUGCCGUCUGCCCCUUCCUCUUCAGACUUCCUAAGUUUCUCUGAUUCAUCGUUACGUCCCGGGGGUGGGACUACCUUUUCCUCCCCGCCGUCUUUCAGCAGUUGCCUUGUAAAGCCGAGCUCAGAGGGCGGAGCCUCGGAGGGAACUACUACGCUUUUUGGCUCUCUCAUGUCUGCCACUACAGCUUCUGCAGUGGGUGGGAAACUAUACGAGAAUUCCCACAGUCACACAGCGAAUGAGACGACAAGCCUCAGUGGGUCUGCUGGAUACAAACGGCCCCAGCCCACCAGCUCAGGGCCAGGCAUCGUUGGAGCAGUGGCAGGAGGAGGAGGAGGGGAGGAUGGGGUGAAGAAGAAAAAGAAGGGCAACUGGCGAAACAGAUUUGGACCCUGCUUCACCACGGAUGUGAAGCUCUCCGAGCCAGCGUCCUCCCUGACUCUCCCUACCUCCACGACAGCCAAUACCUCCUCCUCCCCUUCCUCUCCUUCCUCUUCUUCAUCCACGACGCUCCCGGGCCGGCCAGGCUUAGUUUCCAGCAGUGGAUUAGGAGUCGGUGUAGGAGGAGGAGGAGGAGAGAGGGGGCUGGGGGUCAUGGGUGUCGGCGGUGGGAUGCAGAAGUCCCCGUCACUUCUCAGGAAUGGGAGUCUGCAAAGUAACAAUGGCUCCACAACCACUGGAGCAGGUGUUUUCUCGGCUGCCGACGGGUCAUCGUCGGGAGCAGGGGUGGCCGCAGUGGGCGGGCCCACCUCUGAGUUGUCACAGCAACAGCAGCCCACACCCUCUCUAGCCCCUCCCUCUCCGUUCACUGCCACCACCCCGCUUACCAGCACAGCUUCCACACACGUGAGCGGUCUGCCAGGGUCCGUCUUCAACCUCGCUCCCUCUCACAUGUUCGGUAACAGACUGAACCCCAACUCGGCCAUGGCAGCGCUCAUCGCCCAGACCGAGGCCUCACCAGCAGAUCAGGAGGUAGGAGACGGCAGCAGCAGCAAUGUCGGUGCUCAGGGCUUCUCUGUAAAAGCUUCUCCCAAGACCACCCCACGCUCGCCCAUUGGUGGCCUGCAGAUCCGCUAUGACUCUUCGGGGUCGUUGCCGGGGCCGGGUAUGGGGUUGCUAGGGGCAGGGGGUGGCGGAGGCGAGACGUUGCUCCCAGUGGCCACCAGCAUAGAGCAGCUCCUGGAGAGGCAGUGGAACGAAGGACAGAGCUUCCUGCUGCAGCAGGGAGGCCAGGGAGAUGUGGUGGGAAUGCUGAAGUCUCUCCACCAGCUGCAGGAGGAGAACAGGAGGUUGGAGGAGCAGAUUAAAUCUCUGACCAUGAAGAAGGAGAGGCUGCAGCUUCUCAGCGCUCAGCUCUCUGUGCCUUUCACGCCCUCCACAGCCUCCUCAGACGUGAAAGGAAUCCAGCUCGGAGCCUCUGACUCGUCAUUACCUAUGGCAGCUCAGGACAGUACGUCGUGCGGAGGCCACAGCAGUAGCGGCUCCACGUCCUCUCUCUCCACCCCUCCCUCCGUCUCCCAGAGCCCACCGCAGCCGCAGCUCAACGGAGUGGCCGCAGUGGGGGCGGCUCCAGGCGGUAUGGGUGGCGUGGCGGGGCUGAUGGGCGCACUCGGCGCAGGUAGCGCGCUGGGCAUGGGGGGGAUUGUCGGGGCACUGAAUGGAGUCAUCCAGGCACCGGGGGCCACCGGCAACCCUCACACUACAGGAGCAGCAACAGGCGUCACAUUGCCUGUUAAUAACAGCUCAGCAACUAGUAAGAACAGUGCCGCGCGGCUCAGCCUGCUGUCUGAGCAGCACCGCCUUCUCCUGCAGCAGCACCAGCUGCAGCAGCUGCUGUCCUCACAGCCAUCAGCGGAGCAGCAGCAGGUGUUGCUCUACCAGCUGAUGCAGCAGCAUCAGGACCUCCAGCAGCUGCAGUCUCUCUCCUCUGCGCAGAUUCCCUCCAUGCCGCUCUCCUCCGCUCAGCUGCCCAUCAACAACCUGCUUCCCGGCGUCCAGAACCAGGGCCAAGGCGCCAUCGCGGCCAACCCCUUCCUGGCACUGCAGCACGCACACGGCGACAUGCACGGCCUCGGGGCGCAGAAGUCACGGUUAGCCGAAAAGGCCGUGAGCAUCACAGGGCAGGAGAAGACAUGACGACUCAUGCUUUUUGUUCUUUGGAUGCCUUUUUCUUUCUUUUUUCUCUCAAAUAAAUAUGCAGAAUUCUCCGGACAUCACGCUGUCAACUUUGUUCUUCAGUGACAAGAACAUGAACAAUGGCAGCAAAAGAACUAAGCGGUGUCUAAACGGUAGAUUCCUCAUAGUAGUUGUCUGUGCUCAUAUGUUAGCACAUACUGUGGUGAGUGAUAGAGAAUAAAAGUAAGAAUUUCUUUUCACCAUUUCUAGUUAUUUUUGCAACUUUUCAGGUUACAGGUUUGUUUCUUUUACACGAUAUUUAGUGAAAAUGUAUUUAUUUUCAUCCAGUUUGUUUUUAGGUUUUACUUUUGUAGCUCUAGUGCUGCUUCAGGUUCUUAUUUUGUCACUGCUGAAAUAAUGAUUUCCAUUUAAUAUCACUGGUAGUGUUUUUUAAGUUUGCGUCGGUGUAAUAUUUGUUCUACGGGUCAGGUCAUACUCGCUGCGCUCCACGUCCGCCGGGUUUGCCGCUUCGCCUUCUCCCUUCACACCAAAACGAGGUUCUGCGUCUGUGUUGCGUUCCACGUGUUCGGACUUAAUCUCAUAUUCCCUUCCAGAGCAGGAAGUUCUCACCAGGAUUUUGCGCGUUGACCAAAAUAAGAGUGGACUGGAGUGUUGUGCGACAGGAAGCGAGCGCAGACGUCACAUGGACUACAGUUGGACCUCUGUGCACGCGUUGAUGCUUAAAAGUAUGACCUGGCUUCCAAGAAACAUUUCCUUGAACUAGUUUUUGUCUGUGGACUGGCAAUUUUUGUUUUUGCUGUGUCGCGUCUUCCUUUAGUUUUCCUCUCAUUGUCUCCCCGUUUCUCUCCUUUCCUUCACUCGUCCUUCUCCGUCUGGUCUUUCUACUGUUUCACUCUCUCAGGGGCUUGAGCUUACUAGAGCUAGCACACACAGAACUACAAACUUUAAAAAAAAAGAAAGAAAGAAGAAAUACGUUAAUAUUUAAAAAAACAAACAAACAAAAAAAAACUACCACUUGACUUAACAGUAGCAGAUGCAUGGUUGACAUCUGUCUCACAGUGGCCCCGAGGGGAAUAUUUGGUGAGAGGGUUGUGAGAGGGGAAAAAAAAGAAAAAAACCCACAUGUUUUCACCAUUGCCUCUCUCGCAGAGUCUCUCGCUCCGUUUGUGUCGAUCCGUCAGUGAGCCAAGCCUCGGUACGGUCACCACAGAAGCCUUGCUUUCCACUGUCUCCUCUCUGGGCCAGAAACAGGGGGCUCAAUCAGGAAAUUGAAUGCGUAAAUUUAUAGAAGAAUACACAGCGAGUUGAAUGUUCAUGCAGACUCAAAGACAAAGCAGCAGUCGUCACGUUUCAUCCUCCUGAUUGAGCCCCCUGCUGCACCUACCUCUAAAGCAGGACCAGCCUAUCAGGACCUAAAAGGUCGACACACGAGCGGUCACUUAAAAAAAACACCACAGUCAGGAACUGGCCAAUCAGGGUCCAAGCCUCAAGUGCCUGAGGCCAAAGUGGGAUUAUUGUAUCUCACUUUUUUACCUGAGUCCCUGUCACUCAGCCCAAUUCUUCAUAACCCUUCUGGUAAUUAAGCUGUGUUGCUAAGCAACAGAUUGCAACAAAAAAACACUUAAAUCGUGUCACGGCUGGACAUGCAGUCUCUUAAACGAAACCAGGAAUUAUUAUUAUUAUUGUUAUUAUUAUUAUUACUCUGCUGCAUUCUCUUCGAUCAAAGCCAACUAUUGUGCUUUUUUUAUUAUUUAUUUGGAGUUUGUAUAACGGGCGUAAGAUGAUAUAUUUUAAGAGCCCCCCACUCACUGGUGUUGCAAUUUAACAUCGUUUUUUUUUGUACUACUGUGUAAAGAUUUGUCUUCUGUUUUUGUGUUUUCCUUACACACAGUCAGAUCUUGCUGUAAAAACCCUCCCUUUUUUAAAUGACUUCUCAUCAUGUGUUUGAAAAGCUAGAAAGCUACUCAAUAGUUGGCCGACGGGAGGGGAAGAGGGUGUGGGUUGUACAUAGCAGUUUUGUUGGGGUGGGUCGGGUUUGGUGGAAACAGUGUCAGGGUUGGGGAGGGAUUUUCUGGUGGCACCGUUUGUACCUCGUUAAGUGUUUAUAGACGUCUCUCAUCGGCCGUUUGUGUACAUAUGUGAUUCGUGAUUGGCCACACUGGUGUGAAGGAAAGCCAAUGAAGCCUCAGUUUGUGUGUGUGUGUGAGAAUCUUUACGACCAGACAGUUUUUAAAGAAAAAAAAUAACAUGUUGGCAGCGACUGGACACACAAAGUAUUAAUUUAUUUUUAUAUGUGCAGGGACAUUGUGUUUUUCUUUUUCUUUUCUUUUUUUAGUUUUUGCACCAUUUUCUUGAUGAGAAAGAAGUCAUUUUAUACUCUGGGCACUCGUGUUUUCAUCUGUGCACACUUUUGUUUGGAUCGGUUUUUGUACAGUGAAAGAUAAUUGGGAGGAAGGGGGUAGCAUUGUAUUUAAUAAAAAAAAUACCAAAAUAAACACUCUGGAUAAAGUAA